AGAAAAAGUAUUCACUGCGUGGCACCCUUACGUCUGGCACGGGGGACGGCCGAUAAAACGCUGGAAAGUUGUUCCAUUGAAGUGAACUUCCCAGCCAGUGUGUCCUUUGCCGCGCUACUCAUCAGUGCUAGUCCUGCACCUGCGUGACUCAAGAAAUCUGAGAAAACCUUAUCCAUCAGCUGACCCGCGAAAGAAGCAGCCAUGGGCAAGGGCGUGAUGUACGUGGUGGCAGCCGUGGUGUUCAUAGGCAUCGGGGCACUGGUGGCCGGCCUCAGCAUCUGGUACCAUCACCCUAAUCUCAACAAGGAACCCUUGAUCUCUGAGAUCCGGUACGCCCGGUGUGUUCUUCAGUCCCCUAACGGCAUUGUGUCGGGAACUUUGUACCUGCAGCAGUCUCGUUCCUUCUCACCUGUCCUGAUCAGUGGUAACAUCACAGGCUUGAGUAAAGGCAAGCACGGCUUCCACAUCCAUCAGUGGGGAGUUGAGAACAAUGAUUGCAAAUCCACCGGUGGUCAUUACAAUCCUCUUGGCUACAGCCACUCUGCCCCCAACGCAACAGAGCGGCACAUGGGUGACCUCGGCAACGUGGAGGCAAAGGCUAGUAGCACCAAGGGGGACAUCAUCGCCAAUGUAGGGAUAACGGACAAAGUUUUGACAUUGUCUGGCCAGUACUCCAUCGUAGGGCGGGCCAUCGUUGUGCAUGAAGGCGAGGACGAUCUCGGCUUGGGAGGCGACUCUGGAUCACUCAAGACGGGCAACGCUGGGGGCAGGGUGGCAUGCUGUACCUUGUAUUUGUCCGCGGCACCUAAACCAUAAUCCAGUAAGGAAUGAGUACAUAGGCUGUUUCAGUACAAGGCUUUGUUUCGGUAUGGCAGUGGUGACAAAAAAUUGCCAGUAUCAACGUACUGGCGCCUUUUAUUAAGUGUUAAUUAACCUAACAUAAUGUACCUAAUUUAAAAAGGUCAGUAUUAACGUUCUGUGCUGGCCCGCUGGGCCAGUUUCCUGCCGUCCCCUGCGGACCGAGGUUUCGCCGCGAGACAGGUGAAAUAAUUCUUAAGAAGGAUAUUCAUUGUCAUAAUACUUUGUGUAAAGUUCAUUAUAAAAACAACUGUGUGUACUUUAUAAGCCCUUCCUCUGUCUUGAAGUUUUUUUUCUUUACAGAUGUUCCUAUUAGCGUUGAGCAAGGUGUAACUACAACGUGUCUGUAUGACUUGUAGGAGGAAUAUAUAGUAGCCUAUGUAUUUUUGCUUGAAAAAGUUACUUUGACAUGAUUUCAUUUCAUAUGUAGUGACGCCAUAUUCAUGACGUUGUUCCAGUAAUUCAUAUAGCACGUUAAAGACGUAUUGAUUUUGUAAAAGUCCAAUACUGAAAUUAUUUUUUUCCUUACAGUAAAAGUGACUCUGUUGUUUCUAUUUAUCAUGUUAAUAUUAUAUUGUAAUUAUUGAUUUCCCUAACAAAUAUGUACAUUACUAAAAGAAUAAAAUCAAUGAGAAAGUA